AUGGCCCCUGAUCAAACAAUGCUGCAAAAUAUGGAGAUGAGGAGUGAUGAGAGCUUCCGACAAUAUGCACAGCAAUGGAGGGAUGUUACAUCUCAAAUACCCAUAUACUUGAAACUCAUGAAGACAGAGGCCUUGAAAGUUAAAUCUAAUGAAACCGUGAAGAAUUUGAAGGUAUUAUUACACGAAAAGGGAAUGGUUUCCAGUAAUAUUCAGGGUGUUUUCUUUUCUGGUAAUCUGCUCAAGGAUGAUGAGAGGCUAGUUGAUAUGAAAAGGACCCUUGUGGUGGAAGCAAGGGCUCAUGAUACCGUCCGAAGUAUCAAGUCGUUGAUCGUGGCGAAAGAGGGGAUUGAAUUUGAUCGAUUCUCGCUUGACGUGGUAUCGAUUUAUGUCAAAGCACUAACCGGAGAAGUUGCGAAACUCAAGGUUAAAGUUACGUUUUCCGUAGCCGAUGUCAAAGCAAUUGCUGAGAGUAUCUUGGGUGCCUCUGCAGGCAGUUUGUCCUAUUUAGGACAGCAGCUUGAGGACUCAAAGAUAUUGGCUUGUUAUGACAUCAAGGAGGUAUCUAUGCUAGAGAUAUUGCUCCCGUUAUUUCAAAUAUUUGUUAAAUCCUUGAGUGGGAGAAGAACUCUUGACGUACGGUCGAGUACAACUGUUGAUGAUGUGGAGGACAAUAUUUAUAAGAAGUUGAAGCUUCCGGUCGAUCCACAUUUUAACAUUUUAUUUUCUGGAAAACGGCUCAUAGGAGGACGUAGUCUGGCUAGUUACGGCAUCCAGAAAGACUUCACUUUAUAUGCUUUGGCCCCGCUGCUGAUGACCGUCAAGCAUAUGAAAGUGAGAGACACCGGUUGCCAUAUAUCUCACUCUACCACCGUUCAUGCUGUUAAGGAAACAAUUUUCCGGUGA